CGUUUGCAAGUCCACAAACACAAGCACAAGCAUAGCGUCGCAAUGAAGUUCCUUCAAGUCCUCCCUGCCCUCAUACCGGCCGCCCUGGCCCAAACCAGCUGUGACCAGUGGGCAACCUUCACUGGCAACGGCUACACAGUCAGCAACAACCUUUGGGGAGCAUCAGCCGGCUCUGGAUUUGGCUGCGUGACGGCGGUAUCGCUCAGCGGCGGGGCCUCCUGGCACGCAGACUGGCAGUGGUCCGGCGGCCAGAACAACGUCAAGUCGUACCAGAACUCUCAGAUUGCCAUUCCCCAGAAGAGGACCGUCAACAGCAUCAGCAGCAUGCCCACCACUGCCAGCUGGAGCUACAGCGGGAGCAACAUCCGCGCUAAUGUUGCGUAUGACUUGUUCACCGCAGCCAACCCGAAUCAUGUCACGUACUCGGGAGACUACGAACUCAUGAUCUGGCUUGGCAAAUACGGCGAUAUUGGGCCGAUUGGGUCCUCACAGGGAACAGUCAACGUCGGUGGCCAGAGCUGGACGCUCUACUAUGGCUACAACGGAGCCAUGCAAGUCUAUUCCUUUGUGGCCCAGACCAACACUACCAACUACAGCGGAGAUGUCAAGAACUUCUUCAAUUAUCUCCGAGACAAUAAAGGAUACAACGCUGCAGGCCAAUAUGUUCUUAGCUACCAAUUUGGUACCGAGCCCUUCACGGGCAGUGGAACUCUGAACGUCGCAUCCUGGACCGCAUCUAUCAACUAAAACCUGGAAACGUGAGAUGUGGUGGGCAUACGUUAUUGAGCGAGGGAAAAAAAGCAUUGGAUCC